AUGACAGAAGAGAUAGAAAACAUGAUCCGGGAGGGAGUCCUAGAGCCUGCUCCGCUCACCCCCAGCUACAUCUCACCCCUCUUCCUGCUGCGGAAGAGCAACGGAAAAGUAAGAACUAUUUUCAAUCUAAAAUCCCUCAACCAGUAUAUGAGAACCUCCCACUUCAGACUCUUCAAUCAUUGUCUCAUGCACAACUUUCUACAAACCGGAGACUGGUUAGCCAAAUUCGACUUGAGCCAAGCAUACUACCAUGUCCCUAUUCUAGCUCAACACAGAUGCUUCCUUCGGAUAAGCUAUCAAGGUCGGCUGAUGCAGAUGACAUGUCUUCCGUUCGGAAUAUCUGUAGCUCCGAAAAUAUUCGCGACCCUAUCAAAUUGGAUAGCGCACUUCCUGAGAUCGUGUGGCCUUCGCGUAGUAGUUUACCUAGACGAUUUCCUAGUAGCGAACCAGUCGAAGAAAUCCCUUCUAGAGCAGGUAUUGAUUGCCAAAUCGACCCUAAUAAAUUUGGGCUGGCAAAUAAAUUACCAGAAGUCCGCCAUGAUACCCACUCAGAUCAUCGAGUUCCUAGGCAUCACGUGGAACACGCGAUUCAACUCCCGGUCUCUGCCAGCAAAGAAAGUAAGCGCUCUGCGUCGCGACCUGCAGGCCUGUCUUGCUGCCGAGUCGCUCACGGUGAAGGAGACCCAACGUCUCCUGGGCCGUCUCAACUUCGCGAACUUCGUGGUCCACAGAGGAAGGCUACACUGUCGCAGUCUCCAGCAAUACCUCGGACAGCUACAGAAAGCCCCGUGUCACCUCCCUCCUCGUCUUCCGGCUGCAGUCCGGCAGGAUCUCCAAUGGUGGAUCGACAACGCAACUCAACAGACCCAUAUUCACGAGGAGCUGACGCGAAAACUUCUAACGCUGGCGGAUCGUCUACGGGUCAACCUGGCCCCUUACUACCUACCAGGUCGGUUCAACACCGAGGCCGACGGACUGUCAAGGGGACACUUCGUACCCGAAUGGCACCUGCGCCCGGAAGCCACGGAGAAAAUAUUCGCGCGCUGGGGUACCCCGUCCAUCGACCUCUUCGCCUCCGAGAGCGCUCACGUCGUGCCACGGUAUGUCUCUAUCGAUUCGCUCGACUCGAACGCCUGCUAUCACGACGCAUUCAGCAACUACUGGCACUACGACCUGGCGUGGAUAUUUCCUCCUCCCAGCCUCCUGCCUCGCGUUCUACAUCACCUCAACACCGCGUCGGGCCUGUUCAUCGUGAUAACACCCAAGUGGAACAGACCUUUCUGGAGACCGGACCUGAAGAAGAGAGCUGUCAAGCGACCGUUGAAAGUCCACAAUCUUCGGACGGUCCUAAUAGACACAACGACGAACCGCCCUCCCCCACAAGUCAACGACUUAAGCAUCGAGGCCUGGCUCCUUUCGGGUGGGAUGCUGUGA